AUGGAAAAUGACUAUUGUGUGACCGGUCUACAGGUAGCCGCGGCCAUCGUUAGAAGGGACUUUCAAGCAGUAUGUCCGUCGUACACCCUGAAGGAUAGUGAUCAGCAUCCCAAAAAAAAAGCCAACACUGGUCAAGCGAAGCACGAGUACGUGCUAUACAGGCCUUUCUGCGGCGAUGUGGAUGCUGUCAACAGGUACCUCGCCGCGUCACCGAGGGCGGUGGAGGUCUUCGACCUUCUCACCAGUGGUCAGCCGGAGGCUCAGAAGCCGGGAUUGGCGCUGCUGUGGUUCAUGCUUAAGCGUUGUGCAUCUGCGGAACUAAAGCAGCAGCUCGCCGACUAUGUUCUCACCCGACUAUGCGAACACAUACCGGCGCUUAUCGCACUAGGGGACUCAGCGCUCCAUUACCUCCUGAGCACGGUGCUUGAAUGCUUGCUCACCGCGCCAGACGAAAGUGUGCGCGUGUUCCUGACCGCUUUCAGUUUCCACAAGUUCUUGGGGAAACACGCAGUACGCAAGGGGGCAUGCAACGCGUUCUCGGUUUCCAGGUUCUACGCGGAACUGGUGGAUGACGGAGUCGUACAAGAUGUCGGACUUCGCGAGUUCCUGCCACAGACCCGUAACGACAGUUGUGACGUCGACGACGUUGUGGAGUUGCGCCAUGCCAACGCCAAGAAGCAGCUGUGCAUACUUCUGAUACUUGGGCUUAAAGGCUUCAACAUCAUACGGAGGUCAACGGUACUGCACCAAAUAUUUGAGCAUAUCAAGCAGGAUGGCCUGCUGGAUUCCAUCUGCACCAUCAGGCUCUUCAUACUGGUCAUGGCGAACGUCAUCAGCACGCAGUGCGCGACACUCUCGCUCACUCUGCGCAACGCGCAGAGGUCGGAACUGCCAGAAAAUGUUAUCGCUGCGGUAGCUGGCGCACUUUCGAAUGCAAUUGCCCAAAUUACUGCAACGCCUAAUGCGGAGCAUGAGUGGAUGGUGCGCCUCAAUGGCACCGUUGCUGCCACGUUCUCGGAAUUCGUCACUAACGUCAGGGAUAUAUGCGAUGCCGCAACACUGGCCAAAGUGCUGCUAAAGUUUGAUGCGACACAGCUGACGAUCGUGGAGAUUCUGCUCCCAUUAUUAAAGGCGAACGCACAGCUGGGGCGGCACUAUAUGCCAGCCCUGCGAUGCAAGUUCAACGGGGCACUGGAGCACAUCUCACUGGUAAAGUUCACUACCCAGUGGUUUACGCACAUACAAGGACUCCAAAUAAAGCAGGAGGAGGCGCUAGAAUACCUGCCCUCGUUCCUAAAUCAAUCGUUCUUCAACUCCGGACUACUAUCGAAUAACCGCUGGGCACGUUUGGGCACGCUGCGCAUGCUGGUGGCGCUCAUGAGGUUCGUCACCAGCUCAGCAGGAAAUGAAUCUUGCUCCGAUAUACAUCCAGCUGUUCGUGAACACAUAUGCAACACCAUACCAGACUUCAAGACGCUGCUCAACGUUAAACCCACGCCGAAAGAGCAUACUGGCACAGAUGGAUCGAACAUAUCACUUAACAUCAAAAAUGAAACGAGGAUUAUGGUGUCAAACGAAUUGAGAUCAGUUGUAACUGAAGAGUCCGGUGAUGUCAUCUUGGCGAUCGACGACGAUGAUGAUAUCACGGAAUGGCUGAAAUGCCUGCAUCUGUAUGGUGUUUUCGUGGGGAUACGCGAAGGUAGGAGUUUGUACGAUCCGUGUAAGCUUUUAAAAGAGAAGGCGAUAAUAGACAAUGCUAAUGAGCUGGUAGCUGGCAUCAAUAGCACGGAUGACGAACACGUAUGCACCAAAAAGCUGCGGUCGGCGCUUCAACUUGAUAUGGCGCUGGUAGACUGUCUCUUUAGCAUAGGCGUGGGUGAGAUCCACAAGGGUGUGGCGCUUAACAAGGUGCAAAGCGUCUGCUUUAAUUUCAUUCUACGACGCUACACGGAACUCAAAGCAGCCCUGGGACGGCGGUCGUGGGACGAACCGCUUAUGCAAAGCUACAAGGAUAAAUGCGAAAAAUACGUCAAACAAGUAUUACAAGGCAGCGGUGUGUUCCCCAGCGAUCCAUCUCCCUGGAUGUGUGCCAUUCAUAGUCAGGAAGAUUAUCAUAUUUUCACAAAGCUAUUCAACCACUGUAUGCAGAUGCCAUUAGAUACGCUUCUGGGAUCACUGACUCAAAAAGAAGCUGAGAGCCCUCCGAUAAAGUAUACCUGCGUCAACUGCAUUACAAGUGCGGAAUUUGACGGUCCACUCAUUCUACGCCUAUCACUCGAGUAUUUGUUGCACCUAUGCAUCGAUUCGAGGGAAUCCCUGCAGUGCGAAUCUUGUGGAAACAGGCGUGUCAACAUGGUGUCGGCGUUGCGGAACUCUGGGGAAGAGGGCAAUAUAGACCCAUUACAAUACGCCAAGUACAUACUACGGGGUUGUCGUAAUCCCUCUUCAGGGACGUUGAAGGGGCACGCAAAACGUGUCAUUCAGGCAUUCCUGGCGAAGCAUGACAUAGCAAAAGAAGUUUACGAUACUGUGAAGCCGCAAAAGGUGGAAACGAUUGCCGAUUCGGCGUCAACGAACGCGUUAAAUGCAGAAGCUCCGUGCAAAGAUACACAAGUAUUGGUGCAGGACGCGUAUCUGAAGGCGUGUCUUGCUGUGAUAGAUGCCAUCGAUGGCCUUUGUCCUGACACGGUGUUCACGCAACAGUGUGGGCGCAUAAUAAUCGACAUCAUAUCGACUGGGCAGUCAAAAUUAAAGGCACUCAGCGUUAUCAAGCAAAAGUGGUGCAAGGACAGGUAUGCCCAUUUCGUUAACAAGUGCUUAGACAUGGACCCGUUAAAUUUGUAUACCCACCUGUUUUCAAUCCUUGUUACCUUGUUAGGUGAUGAUAAUCGUCUAGAGAUAGCACAGUCCACGUUUGAAGGUCUAGAAUUCAACGACGAUAUACGGUGGACGCAACUGUUGUACCUGAAAUGCCGGUUUGCAUCGAAAACGGAACAUAUCAUGUCCUCUGUCGAUGUUAAGGAACGUUUCAUGAUGAUCUUGCGUCGGUUAUGCUCGGGACAUCAUGAAGAUGCCAAUCACAAAACGGCGGCAGCCUUGAGUGUCUCAAAGCUUUCCAUGGUUGUCCCACCAUCUCUCCUGGAGGGCCAGGCAGCGGAGCUUCUUAAGCAGGUAACGGAGCAGCUAAUUAUGCCUGAAAAGAGUUGCAUCUGUGGAGAUAUGUUGCAGUGUGAAUUUGCGUUCAUAAAACACAUGAUGGACCUAGCGUGUCGCUUGGCAGAAACUCUGCCUACAUCUGAGGCAGGAACGGCGGUUGCUUUGUUGCAGUCAGAACCUAUGUUAAAACUGACGGACAAGGUAUGUGAACUAAACAGGCCCAACUAUUAUAUUGGCGACACCAUUGAGUCAAAUCUCUUAACGUCACAUGCAAAAUUGUUACGGUCGUUGCUACGAUUCAGGGGACGCGGUUCUACAUCAAACAUCACCUUCGAUAAAGUUGCAGCGUGCAGAAUGCUGGAAGCGGUGAAAGGAUGCUAUAGAUGCUCAUAUUACGGAAGUGAUCUUGCGUUGAAGGAUGUUAUCAUGACUAUGGUGAGUAUCGUCAGCCGUAUCAUGGGCGACGAGAAGUCGAUGUCCAUCAGGUUACCGCCAUUUCAAGAUUUUGCGUGCGUCACUGGACUCUCCUCUACGAAUGGCGGGAGCACGUCAGAAACAAAUGUUAGGGAAUCAGGCACCACCUCCGGCAACCUGGGCACCCUUAGCCAUGGUGUCUCUCGUGGUUGGCUAACCAUGAUUUCAGGUUUUGAAUGUGUGUCAAAUGCGUCUAAUUGGUUGUGUCUCAACACCAAGCGGGUAUCAAUGACUCUGCUGCGCUUUCCAUAUAAACGCGAGUCCGAUGCAACAGAUUUGAAGUCAACAUUUCGCAAUCUGGCCAUUCUCUUCCCCCCCGCAUCACGUAAGGCUAACAAUCGCAGCGAUGAGGUUUUUGGUGCUAUUACACUGCUCAACAGGAUUUUAGGGAGCCAUAGCAUGUAUAUGCAGCAACUAAUUGUGGGCGACCCGUACAUCUACGAUGUGGAAUACUUGAUUCCAUUCUUAACAGGGCGCCUUUGUGGGAUGUUGAGCGACCAGCUCUAUCAAUAUAAACUUGAAUUUGAGGACAUCUUCAGAGACAUGGUGAUUCGUGGCGUUAACCCCGAUUAUAAUCACGCUCCCAAUCGAUUCGCGAAAUGGUUUUCACUAUCAGAAACAAGCGAUGCUGCAGAAAGAAUAUACGCGCAAAUCCAGCAGAUGCAAUUUAGUGUUGCAUUGGGAGAAGCCUUUAGCCCCGUGCUUAUGGAGCAGGUGGUGCGAAACGGGGUGCUGGAACUUUGUAUCCUUGGACUUGUAUCGCAGACCAUGCGCAAAGAAGCACUGAAAGCUUUGGGUAUGGUUACCAAAAUGCUUCAAAACAUGUUAGAUGCGGCCAUUGUACGCAGUGCUAUUCCCGGUAGCAGCGGACCUUUCAAGAUUCGUCGUGUCGGACUGUUUGGUGUAUAUCAGCUGCACUCGUUGAUAUGUUUUCUUCAGCGAUGCCAGCUAUAUGCUAAAUCGGGCAAUGAUGCUUUAUACGUAUUGCUAGCGUCACAAGUGGUGCGCCGAGUGACAAAACCGGAAGAUCCGCUAUAUCAGCUAGCGAACAAAUACCUCCUGCUGCGAUUUGAGAUCAAAAUGGAUGAUGUUCCGCUAUUCUUCGAAUGCUUCACUGUACAUACUGCCAAUGACAGGCCACAUUGUCUCUCAUUUAUCCUUCAGCUGCUUCUGAGCUCAGGGCACCUCCUUAACGACUACGGCUUCUUGUUCCGUCGACGAGUGCUUCAGCAGCUUAUGUCGUUCUCCCUGGUAGAAACAACCACUUGUGAGCAGAGGGUGCAGAUCUACGCUUUCAUGCGGCAGUGCAUAAAGAAGAAUCUCGGAACGGUCGAUGAACUUCAUUCUAUCGGCCUAGCAACAUGGGUUGCGACGGCAUCACAGCUAAUAUGCGAUCCUGCUUUCAGGGAUGAAAAGGAUCUUGUAUAUAGCACAUUAAUGGUCUGUCAGCUAACAUUGAUGGCGAGAGACCUCGCAUUGGCUACCUCCAGACAACAUCGUGAAGCAACCGAUGGCAAUAGUGAAAUAUCAACGGUUAAGCCUCCUCUCAAGUCUCAAAUGGCGUGUGACACUGGGUGUGAUACUAAAGCUGUUCACGAACGUCAAAUAGGAAACACUAUUGAAUCAAACAUUAGGGAUGUUGUUGCCACUUUUGAAGCACUGCAGCGAGUUGCUGAGACGUGGUAUAAAAUUUUAACGCAUAUUCCGGACGACGAAAUCACGUAUAUAACAUCUGAUGGAUAUCAUAUGUAUGUGAUCGUUUUGGAAGAAGGGUUACGGAAUUUGAGUCAGACAUUUUUGCCGCCGUCUGCCGGUGCAGGAGGCACAACAGUCAGCAUGGUGUUGACGGCCGCGAAUACUACCAAACUCGCAAUCGACCGCAUCAACAGUGCUAUUCCAGAUUCACUGUGA